CGUGUGUCGGGCGAGACCGUGCCGGGAAAACGAAACGCCUGAACGGGGGGGCGCGUGCCACGGAUACAACGCAAAUCGAUCGCGAGCGGGCCGCGAGCGCUUGCGCUUGGGUCAUUAGUUUUACGCGCUGCAACUGUAUAGCAUACACUGUAUAUACAAUAUAAGCUACAUAGCGACGGGGCAUGGUGACGGCAACGGCGGCGGCGGCGACGGAGCACGAUGACGGUGGCGGCGUUUUGAUAAAAAUAAAAAUAAAAAAAAACAAGAUAAAACACUCGACCGAGCGAAAACCGCCGCCGCGGUGCUAUACUGGCUGCAGUUCGCCGAGUCGCCGCCGCGCACAGUCAUCAUUCAGUGUAGCUGCUUGUCGCGAGUCGGCCGGGUGUCUGGUGGUCGCUACCGCCGAAAUCCGCGAUAGCACGCGUUCGCGACUACAUUGGUGGCUACUGUGUGUGUGAGCGAGAGAGUGUGCGCGCGCUUGUGUGUGUGUGUACGAUCGUGUGCAUUGCGUACGCUAGAGAGGGUUGUGCGUGUGCGCGCGCGGUCACCGGUGUACAGUAGACGCGAGUAUAAUAAUAAUAAUAAUAGUAGUAGUAGUAAAAUUACACCGAGGUGGGCGCCACGGCGUGAACGGACGUGCUUUUCGAGUGCACGCGUAAAGAGAAAAAAAGGAAACAUAAUACAAAAAUUGAAUAUUUAUAAAAAAAAAAAAUACAUAAAAAUAAAAACCUAUGUAAAUCGAGGCGGCUCUAAUUCGUCUCGUCGCACGGUACCGCGGGCACCGUCCAACAUAAUAUUUUAUUUCGCUGUCGUCUUGGUCGCGAUCGUUCGGGGGGAGACGACGACGACAGCCGUGCACGCUCUGACGUUUCGGUGCCGGCGAUCAAAGUCGACGACGACAGUACAAUAGUGGCGACUGCGGCGGCGUGUAAGCGACGCGUGAGUAUGCUAUUUAUACGAGAACAACUGGACCGGCGGCGCCGCCGGUGAUACUGUCAUUCCACCGCACAGCAUGGCCUCGGUCGCCGCUUGGCUGCCGUUCGCCCGGGCGGCGGCCAUCGGUUGGGUGCCGAUCGCCACGCAUCCACUGCCGCCGCCGCCGGUGCCCAAGGACCGGCGGAGAAUAGACGAUGAGAAGCUACUGAUCAACGUCUCGGGGCGCCGGUUCGAGACAUGGCGGAACACGGUGGAAAAGUACCCGGACACGUUGCUCGGGUCCAACGAACGGGAGUUCUUCUACGACGAAGACUGCAAGGAGUACUUCUUCGACCGGGACCCGGACAUAUUCCGGCACAUACUCAACUACUACCGUACCGGCAAGCUGCAUUACCCGAAGCACGAGUGCCUGACCAGCUACGACGAGGAACUAGCGUUCUUCGGCAUAUUGCCAGACGUCAUCGGCGACUGCUGCUACGAGGACUACCGGGACCGGAAGCGCGAGAACGCUGAGCGGCUGAUGGACGACAAGCUGUCGGAGAACGGCGACCAGAACCUGCCGCAACUCACCAACAUCCGGCAGAAGAUGUGGCGGGCGUUCGGCAAUCCACACACGUCCACCGCGGCGCUCGUCUUUUACUACGUCACCGGCUUCUUCAUCGCCGUGUCCGUCAUGGCCAACGUGGUGGAGACGGUGCCAUGCGGCCACCGGCCCGGCCGCGUAGGCACACUGCCGUGCGGCGAACGCUACAAGAUCGUGUUCUUCUGCCUGGACACGGCCUGCGUGAUGAUAUUCACCACCGAGUAUCUGCUGCGGUUGUUCGCCGCCCCGGACCGGUGCAAGUUCAUGCGCAGCGUCAUGAGCAUCAUCGACGUGGUGGCCAUCCUGCCGUACUACAUCGGUCUGGGUAUCACGGACAACGACGACGUGUCCGGCGCGUUUGUCACGCUCCGCGUGUUCAGGGUGUUCCGGAUAUUCAAGUUCUCCAGGCACUCGCAGGGGCUUCGCAUACUCGGCUACACGCUCAAGUCGUGCGCUUCCGAACUCGGGUUCUUGGUGUUCUCGCUGGCCAUGGCCAUCAUCAUAUUCGCCACCGUCAUGUUCUACGCCGAAAAGAACGUGGACGGCACGAACUUCACGUCCAUUCCGGCCGCCUUUUGGUACACCAUCGUCACCAUGACCACGUUGGGGUAUGGUGACAUGGUACCAGAAACAAUAGCUGGAAAAAUUGUCGGUGGAGUGUGUUCACUAAGCGGAGUGCUUGUUAUCGCACUACCUGUACCAGUAAUUGUGUCUAAUUUCAGUCGCAUUUACCAUCAAAAUCAGCGAGCAGAUAAAAGAAAAGCUCAAAGAAAAGCACGGCUAGCUAGGAUAAGGAUAGCAAAGGCCUCUUCGGGUGCCGCAUUUGUGAGCAAAAAAAAAGCGGCUGAAGCCAGGAUGGCGGCUCAAGAAUCUGGACUAGAGCUUGAUGAAAAUUACAGAGAAGAAGACAUAUUUGAACUGCAGCAUCAUCAUUUGCUUCGAUGUUUGGAAAAAACGACUGAUAGAGAGUUUGUGGAGCUCGAAGUGCCAUAUAAUGGUCAAUCAAAAAGGCCAUGCUCACCGUCUCCCCUACUGAGCCCUAGCCAUUCGGCAUUAAGCAGGGUGAACUUCUUAAGCUCAUGCUGUACAAGAUGCUGUAAUCAACGGUAUCAGAAGCACAAGCGAGAGAGCUCGCCGGACUCGAUAGGCGAACCCAUCAACGAGGAGGAGCUGAUCGAGGUGCAGAUGAAGCAGCGUCACACGUCGGCGGCCGCGGCGCCCGGCGGCGGCAAGUCGAGCAACUCACUCGACUACAACAGUUGCGACAUGCCGUCCGCGUCGGCGGGCCACAAGUCGUCGGCCGCGGGGUCGCCGUCCUCGGCGUCCGCUUCGGCGGCCGCGACCACUGCGGUGGCCGGAAGCAGUAGCGGCGCUGCUGGCGGUGGCAGCGGAGCAGCCGGCGGAUCCACUUCCGUGAUGUCCGUGCAGGGCUGCAACAACCCCAACUCGAGCACGUCGUCCGUCGUCGUCAACCUGCCCACGUCCUAUCCAAACUCGGAAAUGGACUACGGGUCGGCCUCGUACCCGCCGUCCCCGUCGCUGUCCUCCAACAACGACAAGCCGCAAGUACGCAUCACGUUCCUCUAGCCGCCGUCCGACUCCGAACCAUAAUAUAAUAUUUAUUGUUACAUAACUGUUCCAUUUCGUUUUUGCAGUUUUGCGCGUGUCGUAUCGUUUGUUUGUCGCAUAGACUAAUUCUGUCAUUAUACUAUAAUAUUAUAUUAUUAUAGUACAUUUUACGAUGACGUAAUAAUUUUAAUAAUGAUAAUCGCGAUUAUUAAUAUUAUUAUUGUUAUCGAUACUAUCGUUGUUACUACCAUGUUUAUAUUAUACACCUGGCUAACCCUAAGUAUAUUAUGAUAGGUGUGUCCCCAAGUCGUUAGUCCGGCCUGCAGUGCCGUCGAGGGCGCGCACGUGUCUCCUAAAUUGCAGUUUUGGUGUACCUAUGUCCUAUAUAUAUACCUAAUUCUUCGACACCAUCACAGUCGCAGGGAUAAUAACGAUACCUACUCGAUUUGAGGUAUAGAUACUGUUCGGACGUGUAUUAUGAUUGUGGACAUCGUGUCCAGCGCCGGUCGCGCGAUUGUGUGAUUUCCGAUCGAAAUUUGAAAAUAGUUUAUUAACAAUUUCCCAAACACACAUACACACACGUAUAUUGUACAAUACCUACGUCGUUACGGUGACGUGCAUGACAGCCGACUAUGAUGAUGAUAAUAUGCCGGGGUUUAUGCGGAGGUAUGAUUCGCGUGACAUUUUAAACAUUUUUAAAAACAUAUUGGGCUUCACAUUUUAUCUGUAUUUUCUUUCUGUAUAAUAGUCGAAAUAUAAUAAUUUAUGUUAGGUAAUACUUCCUUAAUAGGAAAAAAAUUGUGUGACGCCAUUGCUUUUUGUGUACCUAGUAGCUACCUACGCUCGUCAUAAAUUCUACCCAGUCAACACUCAACACCCACGCAGGUGAACAACGGUUUGUCGCUUCAAGUCACUCAUUGCGCCAACGGGAAAACCACCCCCCCCCCUCCACACACCCACACCCAUCCGCUAACGAGUAAAUACCUACUGACUAUAAUACUAUCCUUUCAGCGUAUAACAACAGUGAUUAUAAUAAUACGGCUUGUGUGCGAACCGAAUAAUGAAUACUCCUAACACGUACGUAUAAUCUAUAUAAUUAUUAGGUACCUACGUGCGGGAUACAGUGCGGUCUGGUCGAACUUGGUCCCAGUCACAUCAACAAUUCCCGUUCGCUCUGUGUGCGUGCAAUUUUAAUCGAGCAAAGUCCGAGUGGGGUUGAUGGUGUGGAGGGUUUGAAAUAAUAAUGCGUCGACUAACAGCUGAAACCCGUCGACGGACUGCUCCGUGUCAUUACAUAUUUAAUCGUUUUUAGGCCUGUUCUAAAACAUAUAUUAUACCAUAUUCUAACAAACAAUCUAUUCAAACAUUAUAAUCGGGAGAAAUCGAUGAUUUCAUAUUCAAACAAACGACCGUUUCGGUAAUCGCAGUGAUUUUCAUUCAAAACUAUGCGAAAUAAAAACCAUAAGAAUUCAUUCAAACAAAACGCACUAUUAAUUAUCAUGCCUGUUAGUUCAAAAUGUCUCCAUUGGUGUAAUAAAAAUCUUCAAUAACGUUAGAGGUAUCAGUGUACCUACUGUACGGUUUUUCGCAUUCCCUCGUUCGAUUAUUUUGUGAGAAAAUCGUGAAAACAUAAGCUAAAUUUAAAAUCAACAAUAACGCAAUAAUUGGUUCUAAAAACAAUUUUACCAUUUGUCAAAUCAGAUCUGUUCAUAUUUUACUAUGCCUUGACGGUAUAAUACCAGAAUAAUAUCGGACGAUUUAAUUUGUCUUUCCAUUCCGCCACUUAAAUCAGCUCUCGCACUCCUUGCCGCGAUACAAAUCUUGUAGAUGGACCCCCCCCCCCCGUAUAUUAAACUCUCGCAAUUGCAUCAAGUAUAUUGAAAAGGUGUAGACACUUUCAACUGUUAUUGUGUAACGUAUAAUAAGGUACGCAAAGGUAUAAUAUGCAUUAUGCGCAUUCCAAUAAGUACGCGUUGAUAAACCAACCAAGUCCGAGUCAUAAAUCAUAAUACUAUGCAGCAGUGUAUAAGGUGUAAAUAAUUAUAAUUUUCUGUAAAGUGUAAUUUAAAAGCUAGUAUCCAAGUCACGGUGGGUGACGAUGGGUUUUGUUAAAGUUAUUUCAGAGGUGACCAGCGAAUGUAAAGUGCUACACGCCCGUAUGUGAAUACCAUGAGCUAUUGAGAAACGGAUGGCACCAGCUGAUUUUAAUUUCUAAAGUACCUAGAUUUUCUUAAGAGCCCAAAAUUACAUAGGUACUUAAUAAAUUAUAAACUUUGAACAUUUUUUUUAAUCUGAUACAUUAAAUUGUGGGUCAAUAGUUAUGUGGUUCUAAAUCGAUGUUUUCGAAAAUGCAAAUUUUUAAACUCAACGUUUUUAAAAUUAAUUAGUAGGUACUUCUUUGGUAUUUUGUAGCUUAGAAAAUUGUUUCCUGUAAAUUGUAAAAGUGUUUUCAACUACAAAAUAUUAAUCAAUAAUAGAUUAGGUACCUACAUACUUUAAAGUCUUAAGUUGUUGAACAAUCAGCUUAUGUUUUAUAUACUUACUUACAUUUUCGAUAUUUUAUUAAAAAUAAAAUGAUAAAUAGGUACCAAUAGGUACUAAAUAAUAGUAUUAUAGCAUAGAUCUUUUCAGUGACGACAAAAUUUAGGUGGUAUCUAAAAUAUAACUGAUCAGAAAUAAUAUUUAUUUUUUUUUAUUAAAACCUUAACUCUUACGUGUUGAAUGUGUAGUGAUAUAUUUUUUUAAAUAUUGGUGACUUCAAAAACAUAACAACUAGUCUAAACUAAAUUAAACUUGUUAUAAAAUGUUUUUUUACAAACGUAAUUAUAUUUUUUUUAGAUUUGAGUAUAGUCUAUAUCGUUUAACAUGCAGAGGAGUUAUUUUUCACCGUUCAUUUUUGAAAUUUACAUCGUAUAAACUAUAAUUUAAAUUCCUUCGGGGCUUGUGUGAAUAAGCUGAUCUAACAAGACCUGGAAUACUAGCUCGAGUAUGGAGUGUGUAUAAACUAAAAACGACAUGUUCCUUCAAUAAUGGUAUUUUGUAAGAAAAUUUGUAUUUGUAAAAAUAGUACCUACUACCUAUGUAUAAUCAAUUUUUAAAAGUGCUCUUCUGAAAAUCGAUUUAGAACCCUUUUUAUAUUUUUUAUACUUGACCCACGAAAUGUUAUUGACUCGAGUGAAAAAUUGGGACGAAUUCCAAAACAAUAUGGUGUACUGGCACGUCGCCCUCGGUGUGCAUAUUUUAAUUUACUUUACUUAUCCUAUAUAACACCUGUUCUCGCCAAGGACUCUGGGCACCAGUUAUAUUAUAUUUCAGUUACAUUACUAGGCUGUCCAUAUUUUGUAAAUAUAUUAUGAUUAUUGUUUUUUUAUUACUUUAUUUAUAAAUUAAAUUAUUACGACUAAGUGAAAAAUUCAACGUCGAUUUAAUACAAACUAUCAAUUAUCUUUAUUAUAGAUCCUGAGCGGGAGCAAAGAAGCUAUUAGUUUUACAACUAUGUGGGUUUUUUUUCCAAAAACACUUUCUUUUUUUUUGAAGACUCUAUAAAAUGGAUGUAUGUUUAUUAUUUAUCGAUUUGACCCAAAUGGUAUUUUGGGUUUGUCAAAAGUGAAAAAUUCCCAAGAAAUAUUUUUAGAAAAUUGCGAAAGACUGCAAAAGCAUCAUUCGACCUAUUUGUUCUCGACAUUAUUAAAGCAUAUAUUUACUAUCAUAAUAUUUUGAUCAUACCUACCGAUAGCUGUUCCUAUAUUAUAAUAUAUUCACCAAACUUUUGUAAUAUAUAUUUAUAAUAUACCUACAUUCAAACCUAAUAAUUAUUAUUAAUUUUACGAUAAGUCUGUACAGUUGUCAUAUUAUAACUAUAAUAAAUAAUAGGUCCACAAUAAAAUGUUUGUUUCAUAAUUACAAUAUCUUAAUUGAGAAUAGUAUAAAACAUUUUCGUCGAUUAUAGAAUCAACAAAUUACUCAAAUUUUGUGAUUAAAAAAAAUUGUAAUUAUUUAAUAUUAGUUAGGUAUAUCGUAUAAUAUGAAAUGUGUUUAAAAUUUCGAGAUAUAAUCUUAUGUAACAUAAUAAUAUAAUACAUGCUCUACUUUUUGUACGUAUUAGAAAUUUUUCCCUGAACACAUAGGUCAAAAUGAUGGUUAUAACUUAUAUUAAUUAUUAAAUGUCAAUAUAAUAUGUCUCAAUAAUGACAAAUUAAAAACACCAUGUUUUGAUCAUAUCGAACAGUAAUAUUAGAGGUAUAUUUAUUUUUAAUUAGUGGCUAAUUUAUUGCUAAAAAAAAUGUACACAAAUGUGUAAAAAAAAACAAAAAAAACUACCUAUUUCUAAAGAAAAUGAAACAGUUUGCGUGGCAAAACACUUAUAAUACGAAUUGAUAUAGAAUAACACAAUCAUUAUAUUAUUAGAAUAAAAUAUAACGACGCUACGUAACAAUUUAAUUGGAUCCCAAACUCUAAACGAUCUUUUUAAACAUCUAUAAUUGUGCCGAAGCAUGUCUGUAGUAGAUUAAAAUAAGCGUUUAAAUGAAAAUAUUCUAAAUCUCUUUUUUUUUUUAAAUUAUUAUUAUUGAUAUUGAACGUAACGUCUGUCUGUCCAUAUCUACGAGUUUGUUGUACGAUAUAUUUGAGUCUUCUAGAUCUUAAAAGGGUCACUAUUAUAUAUAUUAUAUAUUAUUAAAUUGUAUGAAAUUCAAUUAAACCAUCAAAAUAAAUAUAAUACUAUUCAUAACAAACACUUUAUAUCAUAUAUAUCAUAAUAAUUGUCAUCGUUCUUGUUUAAAAUCGUUAGUUUUUUCUUAUUAGUAUUUUUUAUUACUUGCGCUAACUCUCGGGUAGAUAAAAAUAUAUAUUAAUAUGAAUAAUACUUAAAAUUAAUGUAUUAUAGAUAGAUACUAUUUAGCCAUAGAUCACCUGGAUCAUUAAACAGUUUACAUGUGUAACAGCCAACAGGUGUGUUUUCCAUUGUCUCAUAAAUUGAACAUCUUUUAGGUAAAAUUUGUUAAACUUUUUUAGAUUUGUAUUAAUAAAAUAAUUUAAUAAUGGAUCUUGAAUAACUAUUAUUAUAUGCCUAUAACAUGUAAAAACAGUUUAAACAAGCAAAGUAUUUAAUUUUAACAGCGCAUUCAUUAUUAUAAUUAUUAUUGUUAACAGAUAAUAUUGAUGCAUUUAUGUUUUAAACAAUAUUAGAAAGAUGAACAAAUUUAUUAAUGUUAAAAUUAAUUAUAUUUAUUAUUAUUAUUAUUAUUAUUAUUAUUAUUACUACUACUACUAUAUCAGGGUGUUUUGGGAUAUUCUGGCCAAAUUAUUUAACAACAUCGGUUUUAAAAGCAUCUAUAUAAAUCAUCCUGUGGAUUUCUGCUUGAUAUCAAAUACCUAUCAAACAAAACGUGUUAUCAUGCGAUCCAACUCAGUUCAUUACAUACUAUAUGUUUUCGUAAAUAAAAUCAUUUUUUUAUUUAUAUAUAAUAUGUGUGUGUGUGUAUAAUAUAUACCUAUUAUACUGGCUAUACUAUACAUUAUAUGUGAAAUUUGAGUGUAAGAUACCUAUAAUUUACUUUUCUACGAUAAACUUUGCUUAGCUUCUUGCAUUACACCUUUAUAACAAUAUUUUAAUAGAUAUUCAUAGAAGAUUUUUUUUAAGCCUGAUAAUUUCUAGAUAAAUUAACUUUUAUUCAUGUAUAGUUUGGCCAGGAUUGUCUGAAACAUUUGUCAGCUUGGCCCGAAAAGAUUUCACAUUCUAUACCUAAUGUGAGUUCUUCAUAAAUUAAAUCAAAUAACUGAUAAUAAAACUAACGUUGCUUUAGUAUAUUUAAUUGAUAUAAUUUGAUCAAAUGUACGUCUUGUUAUUAUUUUUAAUGAUUGGUAAAAAAUGUAUCAAAUUAUGUCAGAUACAUUUGUCAGUCAUCUUUUCGGACCAUGCUGAUUAUUUUUCAUCAAUAUAGUCGUUUGUAUUACAUUCAAUUUGUUUAAGCAUGGUAAACAACUAAAUGAAAAAAAAAAAACGUUUUUUUUAUAAAUAAACAAAUUACAAAUUGUUUAUAAAAUAUAUUAUACAACAGCUAAAUGGUAUAGAUUGUUUUUAAAAAUGCGAAUUUAGAAGUGGUUAUUUCGUUUUAAUAAAAAAAAAAAUUCCUAAAAAGUUGUUAUUUUCUAACCUACCUCUUCUGCAUGUUUCCUUUCAAGAGAAAAUUCUCGACGAUUAUUUUAUUGGAUAAUUUCUGGUAAGAUGGUUCAGAGCCGUGUGAUAUUAUAAUAUUAUAGGUAUAGGUAAACUAAUCCGUUAAAGAACCUGUCGAUCCCGUGUACAUCAUAUACCAAUAC